AUGAGGACAACAUGCAGGGAAGGAGACAGCUCGUCAGACCGGCCUUGUCACUCAACUGGGGUGAUGCGCAAUGGAGCGAACGUUGAAGAAGUAGCACCUCAUGAUGAAGACUUGAGGGAGGUGCUGAAGGAGAUAGGAGCCGAGCCUGUCUACCAGGACCUGAAGGAUGCUUUUGUCGACUUGGACGCCCUUGCCCUCAUGUCCGAAGAGGACCUGCGGUCUCUCGGCAUCCCGCUGGGACUUCGGGUGAAGCUCCUGGCAUGGAUCAGGACCGCGGGGUCACACCAGGGGAGGAAGAUAGCCCAUGAAGAUUCUGACAUUGUGUCGGAUGUAUCUGACGCGGGGGAGGAGAUGUUGUGCUGGAACAUGGAGUCUUAUGACGAUGUGCUCCUGCUACAGAAAUCAAAACCAAACCUACUGCUGGACCUCAAGACUGGCGAACUUGGUCGCUACAUCAACUCAGAAGCAGCUGGACAUGCUGCUGGAGAUGGAGAUAAACUCUUCAACAUCUUGAUGGCCAAGGAAGGUCGAUCGUUCAUGCUCGCUGUAGCCGGCUGCUCGCCUCCUCUACACAUCGUCGGGAGGAAAGUCCUCACCGAGCUCUGCAAGAGCGUCUGGGGCGACCCCGUGCUGCCUCCGCCAGCAGGCACCAGACGUGAGCCGGCGAGUCCAGAUGAGGAGAAGGGAGGGAGGAGCCCGAGGAUGAACUUCGAUGGCUUUGGUAGACAGGAGGACAUGGGGGGAGGGUUGAGGAAGCGGGUGCUUCAGCAGAGCCCUCUGAUCGCAGUGUUCGACAACAUCUGCUCUCCCGCCCUCCACCGCGCGGUAUGCCAGGUCUUCAAGUCUCCGUCAGUCUGGACGUGGGGGCACACGUCCAGCGGGGCAGGGGAGCUGAGCGAAGCAGACUCGCUCUUCUGGAAGUGCAACCAGAGCUCGUUGGAGGAGGAGGAGGCCAUUCGGCACCUCAGCGCCAUCGUGCUGGAUCUAUGCUCGCAUGCUACUGGGAGGCCGCUCUUGAUCCAGCGGGUCUAUGCCAAUGGGCACACGUUCGGUCAGGGAGGAAACAUCCAUGUGGACGAGACGGGAGCUGAGAACUACGCGGCAAUCUACUACUCCAACGAGGAGUGGCGGUCCCACUGGAUGGGCCACACCUUCUACUUCCCCGGUGAUGCCGUUGACAUCCGUGACGCUCCCGAAGAGCUUGACGUCGCUCUUGCUGUCCUUCCUAGACCGCGACGGCUCGUGCUGCAUGACGGGCGGCAGGCACAUCUGGGAAGUGCUCCACAUCGAAGCUUCCGAGGGUUGCGGGUGACCCUUGCGUGGAAGUUCGGAGUGAAGCAAGACGAUGAAUGA